UUCUUCCCCGACCCCUUCCGCGAUCAUCGACGGUUCGAUCCUUCCUUUCCGCACGCCGCGUACCUGUGGCAUGUAGGACAAUAAGUAAAUACCAGGACCGCAGUGCUGUUCUCUUUCAAACGUUCUAAUCGAGCAUAGCCACCGUCACAACCUCUGCUACCACCGAGUCCUUUACACCACCACCUCAACCAUCCACUGACGCGUCGCUGCUGCCUUAUCACGUAUCCAAGUCGCGCAUGAGGCAAUUCGCUGUCUACGAGUUGCGAAAAAAUGGAGGCAAUCUUCUGAAGACCCGAAUCAAACACAUUUAUGGCGAUGUCCAUAAGCUUCGAGAUGAGAUUCAAGCGCUGCUAGAGCUUGAAGCAAAAAACAUCAAGGUCAACCCUGUGAACGGCCAUAUCGAAAUCAAGGUACGUGACGAAGCACAGCAAUCGCUCGUUUGAUGCAGCAGCUAACUAGAGUCGCAGGGCUGGUACAAAGACAAGAUCUGUGAAUUUCUCCA